AAGAAGACAGAUUUUAUUUGUCCGUUCUGUACAACGCUGUCGUGUAGACAAAGUGAUAUCAGCAAGUAAAUAAACGCAUAAUCCGUGUGCUACUACGUUUAACCCAACAAGUUACAAAGCAAUUUCGAUACCCGGAGGGAACUCCGUUGCGGGACGGAGAGAUUAUUUAAUAUCGUUCGCCUGGUUUGUGGUCAUCGUACGCAGCAGUAAAAGGUCGUCUGUCGCGUCGUCUUCGUACGAAGUGACGAAAGUGUUCAGGCGCUGCCAUAACACUGUGCGGUGCAGUGAAGCGUUACAACGCGAAGAAUUGUAAUCCCGGAAGCGGUGGUGUGCAAUAACUGCACGAAAGGAUAAUACUUUAAUCACGGAAGUACGGUUGUUGGGUUAAAACAGGCUUUCAUCUGCUUUCAGCACAAAAAACCCACAAUGCCACCGACAAACAAUCGGCCGGACGAGUUACCGCCGCCGAAGGCCGAUUUUAGUGCACCGCCUCCGUACGAAGCGACCGAUACGCAGCAGCAGCUCAACGACUCGGUCCCGGUACCGGAGCUAACCACCAAGCUGCCCACCUACGAGGAGGUGCAGAUGGAAAAGAUGAUCAACCACGAGCUGCCAAUACCACCGAUGGGACCGCAGAUGCCACCGCCCCCACCCAGCAUCACCUCCAUGGGUGGUCGCGGUCCGGGUGUACCUGGUGGGCCGCAGGUUACGUUCAUAGCGAUCGAUGCCGACGGGGAAAACAUUACCGCCGAUAACGGGCUGCUCGGUACGGACAUCAUGUUCGUGACCGCUUUUCUGAUUGCGUUCCUGUUCAACUGGAUCGGAUUCUUGGUGCUGACGUGCUUCUGUCACACGAUCGCUGCACGGUACGGCGCACUGUCCGGGUUCGGGUUAUCGCUUGCCAAGUGGACGCUGAUCAUGAAACACUCGACCGACUUUGCGUCACACGAAAAUUCCUGGCUGUGGUGGUUAAUAAUGGCGUUUGGCUUUUUGAUCUGCGUCCGGGCGCUGGUGCAGUACAUUAGCAUUAAGCGAACCUGGCGCUUGCUAUCCACAUCCGCCCAGGAACGGCUGCUGUUCUUCUACUAAUGCGGGUUCCUUUUUUGCGUGUGUCCAACGGUUGCUUGAUAUUGUUUUUGUUGCCUACUUGUGGUUUAGUUUUUUCCCAUAAGCGUAGUUUUUAAGAGAGCCAAGAGAGUUUUUCUUCUGUUUCUGUUUAAGAAGCAUCAGUGAACAUCGACUGCUGGAGACGAUGUGUCAAGUUUUUACUUGUGGGAAGUAAUUUUAAUCCGUCUCCUAGUGCUCCAAUUUGAAUAUAGAAACACAAACAAACACACAGAAUAGGUGCUCGCAGGACGAUCUAAGUAAUCCCAUCGUAGCGAUGGUAACCAACCGAGUCGUCGCUGAACUCGAGAGCAUAACAACACUUCAGGGAUUGUUGAAAAUCAUGAUCAAAACAUCGGUGCACGAUGGGAUUUGGAUGGGGACGGUAGGAAAGGAGUAUAGGGAUGGACGUAAAGGAAUCAUUAUCGUAAUUUUGUGAUAGCAAUCAGCGUGUAAGACCCUCGAAACCGGCUUUUUUUGUUUGCACGUGCUCGAUGAUGUUUUUCCACUUGUGUUUCCAAACUGUUGUCCUGCAACAAAAGGAAUGUAAUUGUACAUUUUGCUAGUUUUCUUAUAUGAACACACAUCAUGUCACUGUUUUGUCUUAAGUGUAAUGUUGCUAAAUUAUCACGAGCUAACUUACCUGAAGGAAGUUUGUUUUUCUUCGCAAAUCAUGUGUUUAUUUCUAUGUUUCUUGCAAACAGGCUGUAGAGAGGGUGGAGAAUUUAAUUAAAUUCUUUUUUCCUUUAUAAAUGCAUCACAUCAGUGUGUUAGUGUGUGGAAAGUGUGCGUGAAAGUUAGAAGAAAACAAAACGCAAUUGUAGAAGAUUACAAUUUUGAUCCUUCAUCUUCAGCAACCAAAUUUGAAAAGGAAAUAGUUCAAACAGCAAACCAAACAAAACAUAAAAUCAAACGCUUUCUAACGGUGUUUUGGGGGGCAAAAACAUAGAGGAAAAUCAUAUUUUUGUACACUGUAAAUAGGUUUGUAACCAAACACAACCGAAGAAGGAAGCGCCUCUGUUGGUGUUGUUGGAUUCGAAAGAUGCAGAAUGAUUCGAAAACGGAACAAGUUGAAAGCACAGCAAAAUACAAUAAAUUUACUACUAACUACCACCAUUACUACUAAUACAACUACUACUGUCUCUGCAAGCUAAGCUGCUGGUCCGUGGGUAGGAAAUGGAAACAAAUGUAGCAGCAUCGCUGUGUGCUUUAUGAGAGAAGCAGAAGAAAACACACAACACAACAACAAAAAAACAGGAGUAACAUAGAAAAUGGAAUACGUCUAUUGUAUUGUAUAAAACAACAUAUUAAAAGAAACAAAAAAAACUUUGUCUCUAUAUUGUAAAAGUAAACAAAAAAAGAAAUAAAAUAUAA